UGUAGACAUGCCACAAAUGCCACUGCCUCCUUUGGCACAGAAUGCUAUCGAACCCAUGCAAGUCGAUGCUCCAAUGGAGGAUAACGACAAUAACGAGGAACACCACCUAAUUGUGGAGAAUCCAACUUUGGACUUGGAGGUUUAUGCAAAUUCGUACGUGGGCUUGGCUCGACUAUAUCGUUUGAUUUUCGUGGCCGACGUUUGUCCAUCCCUGCGGCUGGAAGCUUUGAAGAUGGCCAUCAACUAUGUAAUGACCACCUACAACGUAACAAUGUAUCAAGUUUUACAUAAAAAACUUAACGACAUAUAUGUGAAUAGUAACGGAACUGGUGGUGGGGGAGCGAACGUUUCUGGCGGUGCUCUUCCUGAUAUAGCGGCUCAACCGGCUUUGUCUGGUCAGGGUGAUUUGCCAGUUUUUGAUCAAAGUUGGGUAGAAGCGAAGAGUAAGAAAGCGGCCCUUAAAUUGGAGAAGUUAGAUUCGGACCUUAAAAACUUUAAAUCUAGCUCAAUUAAAGAGAGUAUACGAAGGGGCCACGAUGAUCUCGGCGACCAUUACCUAAGUUGCGGGGAUUUGUCAAACGCACUUAAAUGCUAUUCGAGAGCGAGGGAUUAUUGCACCAGUGGCAAAGACGUGGUCAACAUGUGUUUGAACGUGAUAAAGGUGUCGCUGUAUUUGCAGAAUUGGUCGCACGUCCUGAGCUACGUUUCAAAAGCUGAGAGUACUCCCGAUUUCAGUGAAAAUUCGAAGGAUGCAAAUCAGGCCGUUCUGACUCGUCUAAAGUGUGCGGCUGGAUUAGCCGAAUUGCAGACCAAAAAAUACAAAUUGGCUGCUAAAUUCUUUCUGCAGGCCAGCUUUGAUCAUUGUGAUUUUCCCGAAAUGAUUUCACCAAACAAUGUCGCCAUGUAUGGAGGUCUUUGUGCAUUGGCGACUUUUGAUCGUCAGGAACUGCAGAAAAAUGUGAUUUCAUCAAGCUCAUUUAAGUUGUUCCUUGAAUUGGAACCGCAACUAAGGGAUAUUGUAUUUAAAUUUUAUGAAUCCAAAUAUGCGUCAUGUCUAACACUACUCGACGAAAUAAGGGAUAACCUUCUAUUGGAUAUGUACAUUGCACCCCAUGUCAAUACCCUAUAUACUAAAAUUCGAAACCGUGCUUUGAUUCAGUACUUCAGUCCUUAUCUAUCAGCCGAUAUGCGUAAAAUGGCUACAGCCUUCAACCGCACUGUUGAAGCUCUCGAGAACGAGGUAAUGCAAUUGAUACUGGAAGGACAAAUACAGGCGCGCAUAGACUCACACAAUAAGAUUCUUUAUGCCAAGGAAACCGACCAACGCAGCAGCACCUUCGAGAGAGCCAUUCUGAUGGGAAAGGAGUAUCAAAGACGCACGCGGAUGCUAGUGCUAAGAGCUGCUCUACUUAAGAGCAAUAUUCAUGUUAAGAGUAUUCCACGGGAUUCUGGAAAUCACGUAACCGAUUUAUGUGUUGCUGCCGGUUCAAGUACCCCAACUACCGCAAGAAUUUAAUACCCCUGCAUAUU